AAAACAGACGCGCUCAGUCCAGAGCGGGACAACUUGCAAAGAGAGAGCGAGGACAACGAGGGCAGGAAGAAGACACAAAGAUGAUGAUGAUGACCAUGGACGGCAAGCAGCACUUCGGCCUUCACGAGGGCAUGCGCAGAGUGUGCGGGCAGGGGCCUCAGCUCCAGGCCAAUAUAUUGGGAGGCGGCGUGGAGGAGAGCCUGCUGGCUCGAGCGGAGGCUCUGCAGGCGGCGGCUGACAGCAUCCUCGUCUCCCAGGCAAGGAGAGACGCCAGCUUCCAUACCAUGAGCGGCGUGCCCUCUUGCGCCGCCUCUUCCUCCUCUUCCUCCACCGUCUCGUCCAUCAUCGCCUCACACCAUCAUCACAACUUUCAGAACCACCAGCUGGGACCCAGCCUGGAGGCCGGGGACCUUCUGGAGCACCUCUCCAGCAGCCUGGGGAUGACCGGGAUGGGCGCUCCCGAGCCGGGCGUGACGCACCAUCACCAGCACCCUCACCACCAUCAUCACCACCACCACCUCCAGACCAUGGGGCAGCUGCACCAGGCCAUGGCCGCCAUGGGCCACCCGCACCCGGCCGUGCCGGCGCACGGCGACGUGGAGUCGGACCCGCGUGAGCUGGAAGCCUUCGCUGAGCGUUUCAAGCAGAGGCGGAUCAAACUGGGCGUAACCCAGGCGGACGUGGGCUCGGCCCUGGCCGACCUCAAGAUCCCCGGCGUGGGCUCCUUGAGCCAGAGCACCAUCUGCAGGUUCGAGUCGCUCACGUUGUCGCACAACAACAUGAUUGCGCUCAAGCCCGUCCUGCACGCCUGGCUGGAGGAGGCGGAGGCGGCUCACCGGGACAGGAGCGCCGCCGCGCCGGAGCUCAUGGGGGGAGGGGGCGGCGGCGGCGGGGCGGAGGACGCCAGGCGGCGGAGGCGCACUUCCAUCGCCGCCCCGGAGAAGCGCUCCCUGGAGGCCUACUUCGCCAUUCAGCCCAGGCCGUCGUCGGAGAAGAUCGCCGCCAUUGCCGAGAAACUGGACCUGAAAAAGAACGUGGUGCGCGUGUGGUUCUGCAACCAAAGGCAGAAGCAGAAGCGCAUGAAGUACUCGGCCGUACAUUGA